GUUACCAUUUCGCACUCGAAUUCUCUCCGUCUCUGUGAUUCUUGUGGGCAGCAUCGAAGAGGUGGUAGAUUAGUAUGGCUUCCGCCGUUACAAUCCAACUUCCCUCGUUGCUCUUCCAUGGAGGAAAAACCCUCGCCAGAACUGUCCAGAAGUUUCCUUUUUCUGCCAGUGGAGACAAAAAGAGAAAUUCAGCAGUUGCUGUAAAGGCCACUGAGCAAAGCUCUGAAUCUUCAACCUCUCUGAGCAUUGUGAAAUCUGUUCAAAAUGUUUGGGAUAAAUCUGAAGAUCGACUGGGUGUUGUCGGUUUGGGAUUUGCAGCUGUGGUGGCAAUAUGGACAUCUGCAAAUCUUAUAUCGGCCAUUGACAAGCUUCCUGUCAUCCCUGGUGUGCUAGAAUUGAUUGGCAUAUUGUUUUCAUGGUGGUUCAUAUAUCGAUAUCUAUUAUUCAAACCAAAUCGGGAAGAACUACUGCAAAUCAUUAAUAUGUCGAUAUCAGAAAUCUUGGGCCAGUGAAAUUGCUCCAGCAGAUAGAACAGUAAGAAAAGAGUUUGAUUUGUGCUACCAAAUGUGAUUAGAGAGUGUGCUCUCUCUGUAUUAAGGCUAGUCUAUAAAAACGAAAUUAUGAUUUUUGCUAUUUAAUGAUCUCUCUCUCUC